AUGCAGCCUAUCAAGAAUGCCACAGUCUCCUACCUUCACCGCAUAUUCCACGACUGGCCCGAGGCCAUCUGUGUCGAAUUCCUGGGCGACAUCGCAUCAAGUAUCACAGACAAGACUCGUCGGGUUGUCAUUGCAGAUGACAUCGUGCCCGAAAAAGUUGCAGAUACAGAAGAUGCAUGGAUGGAUCUAACCAUCAUGACGUUGAACGACAAAGCUUACAGAGAAGCAAUCGAAGAUCCUGCUGAAUAA